CUGGCGAUCCCGACUAUCAAGGAGGGAUUGCGCGCUGAACGAGCACUGCCUUCGCAAGGGAGAAUCUUUGACAAGAUUGGAGAUGUUUUAAGGAAUAUGUUCACGGAGAAUCUAAUUCGAUCAAUGUUCCAACAACAGCAGACCAUCUACAAGCUGAUGGAAUCGAAUGCCACCGCAGAAGACGCGACACGGGCGCUUGUGUGGACAGAUGGAAUGAACGUUAUCGGGUUAGCUAUCGUGUCGCUCGUCACACUGCCACUUGUCUUCGCGGUAAUAACCAGAAGAAACCCUUAUAAGUUCAUAAAAGCUCUGAAUAGAGCCUUACUGCAGGGCGUUGCCACGUCGUCAAGCGCCGCCAGCCUGCCGGUGACUUUUGAAUGUGUGCGUGACUUGAAUCUGGACCCACGAGUGGCCAAAUUUGUGCUGACCGUCGGCACGAUCCUCGCAACGAUUGGCACGGCACUCUUCCAAGCAGUAUCUCCUAUUUUCAUUGCUCAGAUGAACGGAAUCACUCUAGACUUAGGACAGUACAUCACACUAUGCGUAACUGCUUGCUUGGCAUCGGCUGGAGCGGCGACUGUGCCCAGUUCUGCCCUAGUCACGAUGAUCAUCGUUCUAUCGGCUCUUGGACUGCCGGUUGAUGACAUCUCACUAAUCUUCACUGUCGACUGGCUA